GGAGCUACAGCACGGCACGCGGAGUGGAUACGGCGGGCUGCUGCACGGUGCUGCCGCCUUUGCACUGAAAGGGGAACAUCUCUACCCGACGAAACGAAAAGGAUAAUUUUUUUUUUGCACGGAUUCCGAGGGGGAAAUCCACCACAAAGUGUCCCAAUGCGCCUGCCGGUCGUUUGCUUUCUGCUGUGUCUCCUGGCAGCUUUGCAGAUGGGCACAGGGAGUAGGGUGCCCGAGCCAGCAUGCAGGCCAGGCUUCGCCCAACACGCGUACGAUGCCCCCAUGCCGGAGUCCCUGCUGGAGGGACAGCCACUACUCAUCGUGAAAUUCCACACCUGCGGUCGAGCUGGACGCGUGCUCUUUGAAUGCAGUCAGCCGGCGGACUUCCGGAUCGAGACGGAUGGCGAGGAGCUGGCACUCCGGGUGCUCCGCCCAGCCUCCUCGGCCCCGCCCUCCUCUCCACUGCUCCUCACAGCGCGGGACAUCUCCACCCUGGAGCAGUGGGAAGCCGAGGUCAGGCUCCUCCCUUCAGGAGCCCACAAGUCUCAGGUGCCUGCAGGCUCAGGGCCUCUACCCGAGAUCACGAUUCCCUCACAGCAGGGUGGUGGGGAGCUAAAGCGCGUGAAGAGAGACUGGGUCAUUCCCCCCAUUAACGUCCCCGAAAACUCCAGAGGACCUUUUCCUCAGGAACUGGUCAGGAUCCGCUCGGACCACGACAACAAGGUGAAUCUGCGUUACAGUGUGACGGGGCCCGGCGCCGACCAGCCGCCCACGGGCAUCUUCUCCAUCGACCCCAUCUCGGGCGAGCUGAGCGUGCUCAAGCCCCUGGACCGUGAGAAUAUCCCCAGCUUCCACCUCAGGGCACACGCGGUGGACCUGAAUGGCAACCAGGUGGAAAACCCCAUUGACAUCGUGAUCAACGUGAUCGACAUGAACGACAACCGGCCAGCGUUCGUCCAUCAGAUCUGGAAUGGGAGUGUACCGGAGGGCUCCAAGCCAGGCACGUCGGUGAUGACGGUGGUGGCAGAGGACAAGGAUGACCCUCGCACGCAGAACGGUCAGCUCCGCUAUAAGAUCCUGUCACAGAGCCCCGAGAGCCCCAGCAGCAGUAUGUUUACCAUCAACAACCGCACGGGGAGCAUCAUCACCGUGGCAGCAGGCCUGGACCGUGAGAAAGUUCCACAGUACACACUGGUCAUCCAGGCCACUGACAUGGAGGGGAACCCAAUGUAUGGACUUUCCAACACGGCCACAGCUGUCAUCAGGGUGACCGACGUCAACGACAACCCGCCUGAGUUCACCACGGAGUCUUUCUAUGGCGAAGUGCCCGAGAACCGUGUAAACGUCAUCGUGGCCAACCUGACGGUGACAGACAAAGACCAGCCCAACACGCCGGCGUGGAACGCUGUCUACAAGGUUACCGGGGGCGACCCUAUGGGACGCUUCUCCGUCCCAACCGACCCCAUCACCAACGAGGGACUGGUCACUGUGGUGAAGCCCAUUGACUAUGAGACCAACCGGAUAAUUGUGCUGACGGUGGUGGCCGUCAACGAGGUGGCACUGGAGCGGGGCAUUCACCUGCCCCGCCAGUCCACGGCAACCGUCACUGUGCACGUCAUCGACGUCAACGAGAGUCCCAACUUCGAUCCCAACCCCAAGCUCGUCCGCCUGGACGAGGGCAUGCCGGCCGAGUCGCUGCUGACCACGUUCACCGCCCAGGACCCUGACCGCUACAUGCCACAGAGCAUCAGGUACUCCAAGCUCUCGGACCCAGCCGAUUGGCUGAGGAUUGACGCCAACAGCGGCCGCAUUACCACCGUUGCCGUCCUGGACCGCGAGUCCCCCUACGUCCAGCACAACCUGUACAACGCCACGUUCCUCGCUACCGACAGCGGUGUUCCUCCGGCCAGCGGGACUGGCACCUUGCAGAUCCUGCUACGGGACAUCAACGACAAUGCCCCGCAGGUCUUCCCCCGCGAGGCCGAGGUGUGCGAGAAGCCCGAGCCCAACGCAAUCAACAUCACGGCGCUGGACGGGGACCUGAACCCCAACGCGGGGCCCUUCGCAUUUGAACUGCCCCUUCGACCACCUGAUGUCAGGAGGAAUUGGACCCUCACACGCCUCAAUGGUGACCACGCCCAGCUGAGCCUAAGGAUCAGCUUCCUGGAGAGUGGCAUCUACGAGGUGCCGAUCCACAUCACGGACUCGGGCAACCUGCCCAUGUCCAACACGUCGUACCUGCGUGUCAAGGUCUGCCAGUGCAACCAGAACGGCGACUGCACAGAUCAGGAGCGUAUCAUGGCCGCCGGCUUGGGCACGGGUGCCAUCAUCGCCAUCCUUCUCUGUAUCAUCAUCCUCCUCAUCCUCGUGCUGCUGUUUGUCAUGUGGAUGAAGAGGAGAGACAAGGAGAGGCAGGCGAAGCAGCUGCUCAUCGACCCGGAGGACGACGUCCGAGACAACAUCCUCAAAUACGACGAGGAGGGAGGAGGAGAGGAGGACCAGGAUUAUGAUCUCAGCCAACUCCAGCAGCCGGACACCCUGGAGCCGGAUGCCAUCAAGCCCGUGGGCAUCCGCCGGCUGGAUGAGAGACCCCUGCACCCCGAGCCGCAGUAUCCCGUCAGAUCGGCCGCGCCCCACCCCGGAGACAUCGGGGACUUCAUCAAUGAGGGCCUGAAGGCAGCAGACAGUGACCCCACGGCUCCGCCCUACGACUCCCUGCUGGUGUUCGACUACGAGGGCAGCGGGUCCACGGCGGGGUCGCUUAGCUCCAUCACCUCAUCGAGCAGCGGCGGCGACCAGGACUACGACUACCUCAGCGACUGGGGGCCGCGCUUCCGCAAGCUGGCCGACAUGUACGGAGGCACGGACGAGUGAACGGCCAGCAGAGAGGGCGAGGGAAGGAAGCGGAACGCCGUGUUCGUUUUCCCGCCCUCUGUCGACGGAUGAAUAUAGCUUCUGACAACCCCCACCCCCCCCACCCCGAGAACAGACUGGAUGAGAGCAGGUUAAACAGAAAACACACAAACAGGGAAAAAAAAGAACCAUAAAGCCAAGAUUUGAAAUGAAUAAUAAAAAAAUCAGAACCCUAGGCUUAAUGUUGUAGUUUAGGCAUGUACAUGCUUGUUGAAGGCUUUUGCAGUGGCAGUGGUCUGGGACCAGUGCGAACGGGGAGACUGGUUUUGUGGAUUGUUCGGUAGGCUAUAAUAAGCGCGCAGUUACACUUGAAUUUUACAGUACAGAAGCACUGGGAUUUAAUGUGCCUUUUUGUACAUUUUUUUGGAUCUGAAUGACUAGUUUUAUGUUCAAGGCUUUAAUGGUACUGACAUCUGGAGUGAUCUGAAGUGACCUGGAGGUGUGAGGAAGUGUGUUAACGUCCUCUUCAUCACGCUACCUUCUCCUGCUUACCAACUGCUGUUUGUUGAUGAAGAUGAUGAUGACGAUGAUGACUAUUUAAUGCAUUAUUCAAAAAAAUUGAAAAGCAAGACUCCCAUAGGAAGGACGCACACACUUCAACUCGUGGCACUGUGCAGUGCAGUUUGGUUUUAGUUGACCUUUCUCCUUUUUCCCACAAAUAUGAUGCAGCUGGUUGCAGGAAAAGGGGAGACAAAAAUUCUUGUAGAACAUUACAUUUAACGUUGGUUUCUGAAGUGCUGUGACAUUUUCCCCCGAAAAAGGACAAGAAAUGUUGCCUUUUUUUGUUGUUCUCAUUCAUGUAUUCUUCUCUUGCCUUAGUCGCUGUCUGAUGCCCUCAGUUUUUACUGUAAAAACGUGUGUACAUAAUGUUUUCUGUUUUCUCUCUUCCUUUUGAUUUUGAUGUAGUCUAUAAAGAAGUGCAAACAGUUUCAAUCUUGUAAAUGUAUGAUUUGGGCUACUUUUUUUGCAUGUUUUUAUCUUUUCACAACAAUGAAAGAAAAAAAAAACUUUCCAAAAUUUAUUUACAAAGUACAAAACACUAAAAUCAGCUGAUGUGAAACAUGUAGAGGAUAAAAGAGUUUUUGUAAGAAAAGUGAACAAAAUAAAAACACUAAAAAGUAAAGAAAAAGAACAAAAAUACUCUGUAAAAAUAAAAAAAUAAAAAAUAACAUUGUCAGCACAAGUGUUCAAAUUUGUACCAAAAAGGGGAGGGGCUAGGGUGUGGGAGGGGCUAGGGUGUGGGAGGGGCUUGGGUGCUGUUCCAUCUUUAACUGUUGUAGGAACUAAUGACCGAGUCAGCUUUAAGAGCAGGAAAGGUCUCUGACAUGCUUUGUGGAUGAGCUUAUGUACUUCAAAUGAUUCAUCUGACCCCAACCAUCUAAAUAAAAAUGCUAAUUUUGGAGCUAAA